UUCUGGUUUCUCCGUCGGCUCCCACGGCUCUCGCAGAAGCGAGGAGGCCAGCGGGGAGCCCGGGGUGGUUGGCCCCCUGUCUCGCGGAUCCCCGGUGCCGGCGGCGGUGGUGGCAGUCGUGUUCCUCCACCUCUCCUGGAAGAUGGCGAAGAUGCUGUGCGGCUGCUUCCUGCUGAUCCUCGGACACGUCCUCCUCCCCACCGUGGAGGCCAGGCAGCGGCUAUACCCGAGGGCCGCCUCUAGAGGGAGACUCGCUCGGACACACCCCCAGACGACCCUCCUGGGGAGCUCCUGUGAGAACAAGCGGGCGGACCUGGUCUUCAUCAUUGACAGCUCACGCAGUGUCAGCGCCUUAGACUACGCAAAGGUCAAGGAGUUCAUUGUGGACAUCUUGCAGUUCUUGGACAUUGGGCCUGACGUCACCCGGGUGGGCCUGCUCCAGUAUGGCAGCACUGUCAAGAACGAGUUCUCCCUCAAGACCUUCAAGAGGAAGUCUGAGGUGGAACGUGCCGUCAGGAGGAUGAGGCAUCUGUCUACGGGCACCAUGACUGGGCUGGCCAUCCAGUAUGCCCUGAACAUCGCCUUCUCAGAAGCAGAGGGGGCCCGUCCCCUGAGGGAGAACGUGCCCCGGGUCAUCAUGAUCGUGACAGAUGGGAGGCCGCAGGACUCAGUGGCUGAGGUGGCUGCAAAGGCACGGGACACAGGCAUCCUGAUCUUUGCCAUUGGCGUGGGCCAGGUGGACCUCAACACGCUGAAGGCCAUCGGAAGCGAGCCCCACAAAGACCACGUCUUCCUGGUGGCCAACUUCAGCCAGAUUGAGCCGCUGACCUCAGUAUUCCAGAACAAGUUGUGCACGGUGCACGCGUGCAGCGUCCUGCAGCAUAACUGCGCGCACUUCUGCAUCAACACCCCCGGCUCCUACGUCUGCAGAUGUAAACAAGGAUACAUCCUCAACUCGGACCAGAUGACGUGCAGAAUCCAGGAUCUGUGUGCGGUGGAGGACCACGCCUGCGAGCAGCUCUGCGUCAAUGUGCCAGGCUCCUUCGUCUGCCAGUGCUACAGCGGCUACACCCUGGCGGAGGACGGGAAGAGGUGUGCGGCUGUGGACUAUUGUGCCUCGGAAAACCAUGGAUGUGAACACGAGUGUGUCAACGCUGAUAACUCCUACGUUUGCCGGUGCCAUGAAGGAUUUUCUCUUAACCCCGAUGAGAAAACAUGCACAAAGAUAGACUUCUGUGCCUCGCCCAGCCACGGAUGUCAGCACGAGUGUGUGAACACAGGUGCUUCCUACACCUGCCACUGCCUGAAAGGGUUCACCCUGAAUCCCGAUAAGAAAACCUGCAGAAGGAUCAACUACUGCGCGCUGCACAAGCCCAACUGUGAGCAUGAGUGUGUCAACACAGAGGAGAGCUACUACUGCCGCUGCCGCCGGGGCUUCAGCCUGGACCCCAACGGCAAGACCUGCAGCCGGGUGGAUCACUGCGCACAGAGCGACCACGGCUGCGAGCAGCUGUGUCUCAACACGGAUGAGUCCUUCGUCUGCCAGUGCUCCGAAGGCUUCCUCAUCAACGAGGACCUCAAGACCUGCACCCGGGUGGAUUACUGCUUGCUGAGCGACCAUGGCUGUGAAUAUUCCUGCGUCAGCACCGACACGUCCUUUGCCUGCCAGUGUCCUGAGGGGCAUGUGCUCCGAGGCGACGGGAAAACCUGUGAGAAAUUAGACGCUUGUGCUUCGGGGGCCCAUGGCUGUGAGCACUCCUGCGUAAGCAGUGGGGACUCGUUCACGUGCCGGUGCUUUGAAGGCUACGUCCUCAGAGAGGACGGGAAAACCUGCAGAAGGAAAGACGUCUGCCAGGCGGUCGACCAUGGCUGUGAGCACACUUGCGUGAACAGCGGUGACUCCUACAUCUGCAAGUGCUUCGAGGGAUUCCGGCUCAGCGAAGACGGAAAACGCUGCCGACGGAAGGAUGCCUGCAAAUCGACGCACCAUGGCUGCGAGCACACUUGUCUUAAUAGCGGGAACUCGUACAUCUGCAAAUGCUCACAGGGAUUUAUCCUGGCUGAGGACGGGAGGCGGUGCAAGAAAUGUACUGAAGGCCCGAUUGACCUGGUCUUUGUGAUCGAUGGAUCCAAGAGCCUCGGAGAAGACAACUUUGAGACAGUGAAGCAGUUCGUCAUUGGCAUCAUCGAUUCCUUAGCGGUUUCCCCCAAGGCCGCUCGGGUGGGGCUGCUGCAGUAUUCCACGCAGGUCCGCACGGAGUUCACCCUGAAGACCUUCAGCUCGGCCCGGGACAUGAAGAAAGCCGUGGCCCACAUGAAGUACAUGGGCAGGGGCUCUAUGACGGGGCUGGCCCUGAAGCACAUGUUUGAGAGAAGUUUCUCCCAAGGAGAAGGCGCCAGGCCUCCCUCCAUACACGUGCCCAGGGUGGCCAUCGUGUUCACGGAUGGACGGGCUCAGGACGACGUCUCCGAGUGGGCCAGUAAAGCCAAGGCCAAUGGUAUCACUGUGUAUGCUGUCGGGGUGGGGAAAGCCAUCGAGGAAGAGCUGCAGGAGAUUGCUUCUGAACCCACCGGCAAGUACCUCUUCUAUGCCAAAGACUUCCGCACCAUGGGCGAGAUCAGUGAGAAGCUAAAGAGAGGCAUAUGUGAAGCUCUGGAAGACUCUGAUGGAAGUCAGGACUCCCCAGCGGAGGAGAUGCCGCAGAAGGCCCGCCAGCCUUCAGAGUCUGAGCCUGUCACCAUAAGUGUCCGAGAGCUCCUUUCCUGUUCCGACUUUGCAGUGCAGCACAGGUAUCUGUUUGAGGAGGACCGUCGCUCACACUCUACACAAAAGUCCUCCCAGUCGGCGAAAGCUUCAGGAAGCCCUCGGGAAGAAAAACAUGAUCGGUGCAAAUGUGAAAACCUUAUCAUGUUCCAGAACCUGGCGAACGAAGAAGUCAGGAAAUUAACACGGCGCUUGGAAGAAAUGACACAGAGGAUGGAAGCCCUGGAGAACCGCCUGCGGUCCAGAUGAAGACCAAAGGCUCCGCUUGUUUGUGCACACCAUCGUUCCCAGGAGCCCGUGGGUGGCAGGCCGCUCAGGCGAUCAUUACGCCUGUGACAAAGCAUGGCUAGUGUGAAAAAGAGCUGGUUUGGCAUGGCAAACCAAGGCCGAAGAUAGACAACAGUGUGUACACAUUGAUGUGGGCAAAAAGAAACCACCAGAUCCGGUCAGAUUCCUAAGAUGACUUCACCAAGUGGGAUGAGUAAGCGGUGCAAGGUACUUUGUAUUUGACACUGCGGGCUGACGAGGCUUGCUUCUGCCCCUCCUGCCUUACACCAUUGCAAUCUCAUUGGACACAAAGUAAAAGUUUGCAGUCUUACUUCUGUAGAACACUGGCCAUAGGAAAAGCUUCUUUUUUUUUUAAUGAGCUUUACCAUGAUACAUAUGGAUGUAUGCAUCAAAUUGUAAGACACAUGUACUUGUAUAACAUGUUGGAUUUUUUAAAAUACAGUAUUAAAGUUCACCUCUUCAGAGAA